AUGAAUAUGACUGCGGUCCCCAAUUUGAGUCUUUCUGCACAAGAGCUUGCUGAUAUGUUACCGACCGGGGUUGCAUUUCUCAAUCAAAAUGACGAGUCAAUCAUGGUGAACCGGCGUUUCCAGGAGCUCAUGACAUGCUGCAGUGCUAAAUCAUUCGACUGCUGGUCAAAGUCCAUCCACCCAGAAGAUUACGACCGCGUAGCCAAGGCCUAUUUUGAGACCUCACACUCUAAGCGUGCUUUGCGCAUCGAGUUCCGCACUCGCGGUCAAGUCUCUCUCUGGCGUGUUCUGAUGUUGGCUCCGUUAGAUGACAUUGAUUUGCAUCGGCUUAAUCUAAACGGUGGUGGCUUUAUUUGCACUAUCGCAGACAUUACCCAAGAAAAGACGGCAGAGCUGUUCCAAGUGGAAAUUGCACGAGAAGCGCAAGAGCGCAAAGAACAACAGGAACGUUUCAUUGAUAUGAUAAGUCAUGAAGUCCGAAAUCCUCUUUCUGCUAUCCUUCAUUGCACUGAGGAUAUACUUGAAGCCGUGAAGGACAAAGAAAGUAGUGGAGUACCUGUGGCAGACAUUGCACAAGCAGCAGACACAAUCAGUCUCUGCAUUGCACAUCAAAAGAAGAUUGUCGAUGAUGUCCUUACGUUCUCGAAGCUAGAUGCAUCAAUGUUGACCUUAUCACCGCGAAUAGAUCAACCAAAACGACACUUGGCACGGACAUUGUCUAUGUUUCGGCCACAGCUUCGCAAGAAAGACAUUCAUAUUGAAUACAAACUUGACACUUCUUACGCAGAUUGCGGGAUUGAAUGGGUGUUAGCAGAUCUCGAUCGGAUGGGCCAGGUUCUUGUCAACCUGGUUUCUAAUUCUAUCAAAUUCACUGCCAUAGCGAAUAGUAAGCGAGAGAUCAGAGUCUCAAUAGGCGCCUCCACGAAGCGGCCGCCAUCUUAUCCUCCUAAUGUUGUAUUUUUUGAAUCCGAUGAAAGUGCAUUACGCUUGGAUGCCACCACCACACCUGAGUGGGGAGACAGCCCAGUCGCGUAUUUGAUGGUUGCCGUGAAGGAUACCGGGAUUGGCAUCAGUGACCAAGCUCAAAAGCGGCUCUUUGAGCGCUUCAACCAAGCAACACCUAGAACUGAGAGCGUUUACGGUGGUUCAGGUCUUGGCCUCAAUGUGAGCAGAAAGCUCUGCCACCUUCACGGUGGAGAAAUCGGCGCAAGCUCAAUGGAAGGGGAAGGGAGCACAUUUGGAUUCUUCUUUAAGGUCAGACGGGACGUUGAGCCAUCUAGUCUCGAUCCGCCUAAUUACGACGAAUCCGAAAUUGAUCAGUUGUGUGGUGGGAUACAAGCGAUGAGCAACAGGGCCACCGGGGUCAAGAACCGGACAAAGUCUCCCGAAAUCCCCGAGGAUCCCAUUAUUACUCACAUUCCGGAAAUCUCCCCGGGGGCUGCAAGUGACGAUAAAUACAGACAUAGUUUGGAAUUGGCCCAACAGGUUAAGCCUGAUGAGCCUUCCGCGAGCGACCGCCAAAUUUUGCACCCUGAUCUAGAAAAACCCACGCCCAGUCUAGGAGCGUACGAACCGAUUGGCAUGAAAUCUGACACGAAAGGAAAUCGGCAUGUUCUCGUCGUAGAGGAUAAUAACAUUAAUCGACAGAUUGUUUCCCGGAAGCUGCAAUCCUUGGGAUAUCAUGUUUCAGAGGCGACGAACGGCCAGGAGGCCUUGGAUGCUGUCCAACGUGGUGAAUUUGACUGUAUUCUCAUGGAUCAAGAAAUGCCCGUUAUGGAUGGGAAGUCUGCGACUAUGGCAAUCCGCAAUCUUGGUAGAGACAGUACCCCUAUCCUUGGGGUCACUGCAAAUGUGAGGGCGACUCAACAAAUAGAGAUGCUGGACGCUGGUAUGGACGAUAUUAUCCAUAAGCCAUAUCGAACGAAUGACUUGUUUGAGAAGAUUAAUCAAAUGAUAAUACUCAGGUCGAAGAAAUGA